UGCAGUCCCGCCCCGUUGUGGGCAACCCGCCCUUCUCAAAAAUGGCCGCCGAAGCGUCUCUGGAAGGGGACCGCUCUGGGCCCCGGCUUUGAUCUCGUUGGUGGGGCUGGGGGAUGAGAGCUGCACCGCGCGGGACAAGUCGCCGGCGGCGCCCGACGGAGCAGAAGAGGAGAGAGCAUGGAGCUGGAGAGGAUCGUCAGUGCGGCCCUCCUUGCCUUUGUCCAGACGCACCUCCCAGAGGCCGACCUCAGUGGUUUGGAUGAGGUCAUCUUCUCCUAUGUGCUCGGGGUCCUGGAGGACCUGGGCCCCUCGGGCCCAUCAGAGGAGAACUUCGAUAUGGAGGCCUUCACUGAGAUGAUGGAAGCCUACGUGUCCGGCUUUGCCCACAUCCCCAGGGCCACAGUGGGGGACAUGAUGCAGAAGCUCUCAGGGCAGCUGAGUGAUGCCAGGAACAAAGAGAACCUGCAACCACAAAGUUCUGGUGUCCAAGGUCAGGUGCCCACACAGCCAGAGCCCCUGCAGCGGCCUGAAAAGCUCAAAGAAGAGGCCAGGUCUUCUGCAGCUGCUGUGGACACCCAAAAGGAGGCAGCCGGCACCGAGGAGGAGCUACUGCCAGGAGUGGACGUCCUCCUGGAGGUGUUCCCGACCUGUUCAGUGGAGCAGGCCCAGUGGGUGCUGGCCAAAGCUCGGGGUGACCUGGAAGAAGCUGUGCAGAUGCUGGUAGAAGGGAAAGAAGAGGGACCUCGAGCCUGGGAUGGCCCCAACCAGGACCUGCCUAGGCGUCUCAGAGGCCCCAAAAAGGAGGAGUUGAAGUCCUUCAUCCUGCAGAAGUACAUGAUGGUGGAUAGCGCAGAAGAUCAGAAGACUCACCGGCCCAUGGCUCCCAAGGAGGCCCCCAAGAAGCUGAUUCGAUACAUUGACAACCAGGUAGUGAGCACCAAAGGGGAGCGAUUCAAAGACGUGCGGAACCCUGAGGCCGAGGAGAUGAAGGCCACGUACAUCAACCUCAAGCCAGCCAGAAAGUACCGCUUCCACUGAGGCACUCGCUGGACUCUGCACAAGCCUUCCAGGCUUAGAUCCCAGAGGGAUGCAGGAGCCCUACCUCCCCACACAGGGGCCUCCCUGACUCCCACCCCAGCCCCGGCCCUUUCUCAGCUUCCUUGCUCUGUAGUGUUCACCUACUGUUGGAGCUGCCUCCAUGGGCACAGUAAAAGUGGCCCAAGGAAGGUG